CCCAGCUCACUGCUUCAGGUGAAGGUGCCGCUGGCUGUAAAGGCGGAUACUUCCGCUUUAAAGGGUGUGUGUUUGUGUGUGUAGUCGCGGACGAGUCUCGGCGCAUCCGCCUCGCGUUUACUGGGUUUAAGCCGAUACAGUCAGAACACGGGCGGACGAUUCGUUUCCAACUUUGAAUCGCUUAUUUGGUUGUUUUAUGAGGAGAAGAGCGGCUGGACCGAGCGACACCUGCUGUUCGCUCUACACUUGUUGGACUGACGGCGCGCCGUAACCCGCGCUGGCUCUUGUCUGGAGUCCAGAAGAAGCGUUUGAUGGAGGACAGAGAGGCGAAGUGUGUGGGUCGUGACCCGGUGUUCGGCUCCCGAGCUGCGUGAUGGGGAACCAGGUGGACAAACUGUCGCAUCAAAGUUACGCUGAAGUUCCCACCGUGGAGCCAAACGGCGCGGAUCCGGACGACGGUUCCCGAAUCGGCGUCUCUUAUAUUUUCUCCAACGACGAAGACGACGCGGUGGAUGAGGAGGAUCCGAGCCAGGAGGAGAAGCUCUACAGCCGCUAUGAAGAGGUGGAGUGCGCCGUGUACCACCGGGGCGAGUGCGUGUUCGAGAAGCGGUGCAGCCCGGAGGUGUACUCCCCGGAGAACCUGCUCAACAAGUGCAAGGCGGGGGACCUGGUGGAGUUCGUGGCCACGGGUCAGUCCCCGCACUGGGCCGUGUACGUGGGAGACUUCCAGGUGGUCCACCUGCACCGCGCCCAGGUGAAGAGCAGCUUCCUGACGGACGCCAGCCGCGGCAGGCGGUGCCGGAUCGUCAACGAGCUCUACCGCUUCCGCGCGCUGAGUCCGGACGUGGUGGUUCAGAACGCCGUGGAGCAGGUGGGUCUGAAGGAGCGGGACUUGAGCUGGAGGAACUCCGAGUGCUUCGCUGCGUGGUGCCGCUUCGCCAGGAGGGAGUUCAAGACGGGGGUGGAGGUCCGCAUCGGCGAGCGGCCCUACCAGCUUAAGGUCCACCUGUCCGACAAACGCUCGCACGUGCUGCACUUCCAGAGUCUGGAGGACGCGGUGAUGGAGAAGCGCAGGAACGAGCACUUGGGCCGGACCGCGGUGUGUCGGCAGCUCUGGGCUCACAGUCUCCCACGCGUGGACCCUUCCUCUCCAUAGCUCCUGCCACAAAUCCUCACCAACUGUUGUCCUUUUUUUUUUUUUUUUUUACUACUUACUACUUAGCAUAAGCUUGUUUUUAAUCUUCACAAGUUUAACAUGAUUCAUUUGUAUGAGCCAUGUUUCUUCUGUUCAGCAUCAACAAUUGUUGAGGAACUGUAUUUGACAAUUUGGUGGAGAAGUGUUGACCUGGAAAAACCACUGAAUAUGGCAAGUAAAACUAAACUAAAACUUUUUUUUUUUCCGGAGGUAAACUUUCAAAAACUCAGCUAAGUCCUUAGGGUUAUGGGUCAUUUGUGAGUGUUCCAAAAUGUGAGGGAAGAAACUUGAAUUCUUUCUUUCACGCUUCAAUAUAAACUGAAUAGAUCUUAUCCUCAUGAAUGUAACAAUAUGUACAGCUAGAAAUCCAAACGUUGCCUCACAACUGCAUGCUUUUAUUUCAAGAAGUCUUUGGUAGUUCUCUGGGUGAAUUUGUUGACUGAGAAUUGUUUGUAUUGCUACAUCUGUUUCAUCAGAACUGACAAUGUGAGUGUGUUCUACUAGAACGUUGGUGAACCAGGUGUCAAAGUUACAAAAUAAUGAGGCACUUGCAAACACAAGUCGGUGUUAAAUAACUUUUUAUUGUUGAGCAUUUUGUUUUAUUAAAACUUUCAACUCACUUUUACUGUCUUUGUUUAUGCAUGUACUUUAUAAGUACAGUGGUACCUCAGUUCUCGACCACAAUCCGUUCCAGACGGCCGUUCGAGAAGCGAUUUGUUCGACAUCUGAAUCGAUUUUCCCAUGACAAUUCAUGGAAAAAGAAAUGACGCGUUCCAAGCCUUAAAAUAGGCUUUUGUAGGAGUGAAUGUAGAGUGUCUGCUGCAGGUGCGCUGUUCCUCUAUGUGUGUGGCCGCUGCAUGUGGGAGGGGUUGCCGAGUGAAGAGGUGCCCGGUGCGUGUCCAGCUCUGAAUGUGCGCUUCUGUGCAGUUUGGCUGUGACAAAGUCAUAAACCAAGUCACGCUCUGUCCCAGACUCGCCUCAUCCCUGUCCCAGCUCCAGCCCACAACAGGACAUCAAACCCUGGAGUGUGCGCUCCAGCCUCGGAGGUGUCGAGGAGCACCUCCCCUGUGACACUCUACCACGGUCCAGUGUGGAGACAGGAAAGGUUUCACACCUCAAUAUGAAGAAAAAUAUCAGUCAGUAAAUGUAGCUAACGGGACACAUCUGCAUACAGAGGCUGCGUUAUACACAAUAACAAAGCGCGUCGUGGGUCAGCUGAUCGGCCCGCGCACGUUAUGUUUUUACCAGCUUUUUUCGGGGGUGUUUGAGUUCUGGAUUUUUGUUCGAAAUCCGAAGCAAAAAAGUUUUGUUCGAACUCCGAUUUGUUCGAAGUCCGGGACGUUCGAAAACCGAGGUACCACUGUAUUGAGUCUUUUAACCCUGUGCUCAGGUCAUUGUAUCACCUGUACCGCUUGAGGACUGAUAUGGUUGAGCAAAGCUUAUCUUUAAACUGGAUUUGGUUGUAGGCUAUGGUUGCUAUCUACGUGCAUGCUGAUGUCUGCACUUCUCUAUUGUCUCUGCAUUUUGUGAUUUAACUCAGGGGUUGACUAAAUAUUGCUGAUAUUUGAACAACAUCAUUGAAACUUUCAUCAAAACAGACAAAGGAUAAAUAUUAAUUCAUAAAAACAUGAAAAUGAAUGGGAUGACCUAUAUUUCUCUGUAGAAAUAACGUCAAAUUAAAAAGAAAAAUGCAGUGUUAUCAAUAGCUGUUUGUAAUCUGAGGUUGCUAUUUAACCUAAGAAGUGGAAUUUAUUACUGAUCAUUCAUUUUAAAGCCAUUGCUAUGUUUGGGCUGUGUAGUAUUCAGGGUCCAAUACUGGCUGUCAAGUCGACAUUCUUAUUGGCAGAUUCGUUUGAAAAUCCUCUGAUAUGUAUGGGAAAGGGUCCCUUUAAAAAAACAAACAAAAAAAACAUUCACCAUGAGUUUAUUAAACUCACCCACCUGGCCUCAAGUCAGGGAAGUAGGCAUCUUUGGCCCAGCUGCUGCCCCAAUGACCCGACCUCGGCAGAGUUGUAGUAAGCGGACAGAUAUACUAUAUAAUCUUUGUUUACGUUUAAAGUGAUUUAAGAGAAGUCUAAAUGAAUAAAACACAAUACAAACGAUGAGCACAAGUGUC